AUGGACAUGAACAUAACCGGCCCGGACAACGCCACGCUGCAGAUGCUGCAGGACCCGGCCAUCUCCGUGGCGCUGCCCGUCGUGUACUCGGUGGUGGCGCUGGUCAGCAUCCCCGGCAACCUCUUCUCGCUGUGGGUGCUGUGCUUCCACAUGGGGCCCAAGUCGCCGUCCGUCAUCUUCAUGAUCAACCUGAGCGUCACGGAUCUCAUGCUGGCCAGCGUGCUGCCCUUCCAGAUCUACUACCACGCCAUCGGCAACCACUGGGUGUUCGGCGUGCUCAUGUGCAACGCGGUGACCGUGGCCUUCUACGCCAACAUGUACUCCAGCAUCCUGACCAUGACGUGCAUCGGCGUGGAGCGCUUCCUGGGCGUGGUGUACCCUCUGAGCGCCGCGCGCUGGCGCCGCCGCCGCUAUGCGCUGGCCGCCUGCACCUGCGCCUGGCUGCUGCUGCUGGGCGCGCUGUCGCCGCUGGUGCGCACCGACCUCACCUACACCGUGGACGCCCUGCGCAUCACCACCUGCUUCGACGUGCUCAAAAAGGACAUGCUGCCCAGCGUGGCCAUGUGGGCCGUGUUCCUCUUCACCAUCUUCGUCCUCCUCUUCCUCAUCCCCUUCGUGGUCACGGUGGCCUGCUACACGGCCACCAUCCUCAAACUGCUGCGGAGCCCCGAGGGCCACAGCCGGGAGCAGCGGCGGCGCUCCGUGUACCUGGCCGCCGUGGUGCUGCUGGCCUUCGUCACCUGCUUCGCGCCCAACAACUUCGUGCUGCUGGUGCACAUCGUGAGCCGCCUGUUCUUCGGCGGCAGCUACUACCACGUGUACAAGCUCACGCUGUGCCUCAGCUGCCUCAACAACUGCCUGGACCCCUUCGUCUACUACUUCGCCUCGCGGGAGUUCCAGCUGCGCCUCCGGGGCUACCUGCGCUGCGGCCGGCUGCCCCUCGACAGCCAAGACGCGGGCCGCGACAGCUUGUUCUCCGCGCGGACGCUGUCUGCGCGCUCCGGGUCCUGCACCGUCGAGGACGGGCUGGACGCUGCCGGCAGGCCCGGGCGGCAGAGGCACGUGAGCGAGUUCUGA